UAUUAACUAUUAUCAAACAAAAAAUUUACUAUAUUUAAUUAAAAACAUGGCUUUCGAGAGCGCUCUCUCCCCUGACCCCCCUCCCUCAGCGGAAGAAGAUGAUUCCCUGGCGAGAAGCACCAAGAGAAUUAAGGACGAUCUCUCCCCACCCCCCUUUUCGAAUGCUGAUCCCCCUAACCCGGUGGUUGCCCCUUCUGUGCAGAAAACCUUUAAGGAUAUGUUGAUUGAUGGAAACGUUGAGUUUUCUCCAUCUACUAUUACGCUUGAAGAACUUAUGGCUGCAGGUAGCAAGGUUCCGUCGCAAGCACCGAUGAUGGCCAAUGAUGCCUUGGGUACUCUUAAGAAACCCAUCCCUAAGGCCUAUAUUCCUCAAGAGAUCUGGCAAAGGCUUUGCGUACCAUGGAAGAAUUCCUUAAUCAUUAAACUGCUAGGGAAACGAAUCAAUUAUCAUCUUUUGUCUUCAAGACUCUCACGGGAAUGGCAAACAGAAGGCGAGUUUACAGUAAUUGAUAUUGGCCAAGGCUAUUAUGUUGCUAAGUUCUCCUCUUCAGACGAUUGCUCUAGGGUCCUCACUGGAGGUCCUUAUAAAUUUUUUGAUCAUUAUCUAGCUGUUCAGCCUUGGGAGCCUAAUUUUCAACCUUCCCGUGCGAAAUUGCCUAAAACAGCUGUGUGGGUUCAUCUUUAUGGUGUACCUGUGGAAUGCUUCCAUGAAGCUGCGGUUCUCUAUCUUGGUAACAAACUUGGCAGAGCCAUUAAGGUUGAUAAAACAACCCUCCUUGCUACUAGAGGUGAAUUUGCACGUGUGUGCGUGGAGGUUGAUUUGAAUGAAUCUUUGCCAUCAAUGAUUGAUCUGGAUUUGGAAGGUCUUCCCCAGUCGCUAAUCCUUGUCAAAUAUGAAGGGCUUCAUAAAAUAUGUUUUGAGUGUGGAGAGUUCGGGCACAAGAAAGAAGCUUGCCAUUACAGGCAACCACAAACACAACCGCAACCGGCGACAGCGUCGGCGUCAUCCCAGCAGAGUGGGAGGAGUUCUUCUAUAGCAAGAUCUUCGCCGAAAUCCUCGGCUGAGCGUGAGGACAUCCCAGUUUUGGUUGAUAAUUGUAUGACGUACGGAUCUUGGAUGGUGGCGAAGCGUAAACCACGGAAGAUAGCUCAGAAGCAAAAUUCUCAUGGGGAUAAUAUUCCUAUCCCCUCCAAAGGGCACGGCAUUGAAAAAGGAGGUAACAUAUCCAAAUCUAGUGGGCCACCCAAGUCGGUUAAUCAAGAGCAAAAUAUUAACACUAAUAAUAGAUUUGGAGUUAUUGCAUUGGAAGAGGAAACUCUGGUGGAGAUGCCUCAUUUGGGGGCUCCGGAUUCUGGAAUUUCAGUGAAGUCUCCAUCCCAAGUCUUUCGACCGGUUUCCACUGUUUCCCAAAUGGAGAAUGCUGUUAACUCUACGAAUUUGCCUGGGUUGGAUCCAACCCCUUUGUUUUCUGGUGAAUCCUCUGAACAUGGUCUAGGGGGCUUAUGGCUGUGUUGGAAAACUUCAGUGCAACUUUCUGUGAUUUUUUCUACAAGCCAGGCUAUUCAUUGCUCUGUAUGUUUUCGUGGGGAUAACAUCUUUUUAACUUUUGGUUAUGUUCGGCCUACCGAAGCAUACAAGACAGAGUUUUGGAAGCAUAUGUUAGACUGGAAGGAGGGACAUUCAGGCGCAUGGGUCCUUAUAGGCGAUUUUAAUGAUGUUGCUUCUUCUGAAGAGAUCUCUCCUCGAACUACAACUAUCUUUAAUCGAGCUCAACGAUUUAGGAAUCGCAUGGCGAGCUGUGGUUUGAUGGAGAUGGAGACAUUGGGCUGUAAGUUUACUUGGUGUCGAACGAGAGGGGGUAGGGUGGUUUUACGCGAGAGGUUAGACCGUGUGCUUAUCAACUCUGAUUGCCAACAUCGGUUACAGGGAGCGAAGGCUUUUAAUCUACCUAGAACUUGCAGUGAUCAUCAUCCAAUCUUACUAUCUCUAGAUACGGUGGCUUCACAUUCUCCUAUUAAUAAACCAGCUCGGUUCGAGGCUGCUUGGUUGUCGAGACCUGAAUUUAGCACAGUCUUUACCCAAGCGUGGUCUCAACAUGCUAAUCAUUUGUCUGCAGCUAUCAACGCUACAGGUGAGGCUUGUCUCUCAUGGGGCAAAUCUGUGUUCGAGAACAUUUAUAGGAAGAAGAGAUUAUUGAAGGCAAGAAUUACAGGAAUCCAAAACUCUCCACGCUACUCUACUUCUUCCUGGUUACAGAGGUUGGAGGUUAGUCUUCUGGGUGAAUAUCAACAAGUUUUGUAUGAGGAGGAAUUAUUAUGGUUUCAAAAAUCUCGAGUGGACUGGAUUGCCUCUGGAGAUCGCAAUACUUCCUUUUAUCACAUGUCAACUAUGGUUAGGCGUAAUAAAAAUAAGAUUGGGGCUUUGAAGAUAGGAGGAGAGUGGAUUAUGGAUUCCUUUGCACUACAAACACAUGUUAAGACUUUUUUUGAGGAACUUUUUGCACGUAAGGAGACGGUUCCCUUAUUGGAAGAUCUCUCAGCUUAUCAACCCAUUAUUUCUGAUGCUGAUCAUGCUUCUCUUCUACAACUGGCAACCCUCGAGGAGGUUCAAAAAGCUCUUUUCUCGAUGAAAGGCUUGAAAAGUCCCGGUCCUGAUGGCAUAUCUGCUUUGUUUUACCAGAGGCAUUGGGACACAGUUGCUGGAACCUUUUUGGAAUUUGUAAAUCAAGCACUUUUGACUGGAGUUUUUGAGCCCUCCUUAACUAAAGCCUAUGUGGCUUUGAUUCCUAAAGAAGAUUCGCCAGAUUCUAUCCAGAAGUUUAGGCCAAUUAGCCUUUUGAAUGUGGCGUAUAAGGUUUUAUCCAAAAUUAUUGUGAACAGACUUCGACCACAUCUUCAAGAACUCGUUGGCCCAUGGCAAAGCAGUUUCGUGGCAAGUAGAAGUACUGUGGAUAACAUAAUUCUCACCCAAGAAGCUGUUCAUUCGAUGAAUCGCCUUAAAGGCAGGAAAGGUGCUAUGAUGCUUAAAAUUGAUUUGCACAAAGCUUUUGAUAGUGUUGACUGGGGGUUCCUACAACAGGUCUUGUUGGAAUUUAAUAUUCCUCACCAGCUUGUUAAGCUCAUUAUGUUUUCAGUGACUUCUGUUCAGCUUGGCAUUCUUUGGAAUGGGGAGCCCUUACCUUUCUUUAGGCCUCAACGAGGUCUAAGACAAGGUGAUCCCCUUUCUCCAUACCUAUUUAUUUUGGUAAUGGAGAGGUUGGCCCAUAUGAUUCAGAAGAGAGUGGCUAGCAGGACAUGGCAGCCCUUUAAACUAUCUAGAGGAGGCGUGUCUCUCUCACACUUAUUCUUUGCCGAUGACUUAAUGCUUUUUGCUCAAGCUUCUACAGCACAACUGGAUAUCAUUAUGGAUUGUUUGAACCAGUUUGCCAAGAGUUCAGGUUUGGUUUUAAAUUUGCAAAAGUCAAAACUAUUUUUCUCUCCUAACGUACACUCGGCCGUGGCCAACUCUUUAAGUGCUCGGUGUGACAUUCCAUUGACUUCCAACUUGGGUACUUAUUUGGGUAUUCCAAUCACCCAUACGAGACAUUCUCAUAAAAACUAUGGAUACAUCUUGGAAAAGGUGCAGCGAAGGCUUUCGAACUGGAAAAGUGCCAACUUGAGCUUGGCAGGAAGGAAGAUUUUAGUUCAAUCUGUGACAGCCUCUAUACCGACCUACACUAUGCAAACUACCUUGCUCCCGAAGACCACUUGUGACUCAAUCGAUCGUUUGAAUAGAGAUUUUUUAUGGGGCUCAAAUUCUGAGGGCCGUAAACCACAUUUAGUUAAUUGGGAAGUUGUUUGUUCAGAGAAAAAGCAAGGCGGACUUGGGUUGAGAUCUGCAUGGGAAAAUAAUCAAGCUUUUGUUGCAAAGCUUGGCUGGCGUUUACUUAAGGGAGAUAAGGCCUUGUGGUGUAAAGCUAUCCAGACUAAGUAUCUUCGGGGACUUAGUCCUUUGAAUGCCAAGGCUAAUCCACGAUGUUCUUUCAUUUGGCGUGGGAUCUUACAAUGCUGUCCACUUUUGCAGCAAGGAGUCCGUUGGAGAGUUGAAACUAGUGAGGGGAUUAACUUUUGGCAUGAUAACUGGGUUGGUAAUGCUCCGCUUAUUAAUGUGUCUGGCGAAGGACCGAUUGAUUCCUCUUUGUUGCUAGCAGAUGUCAUCAAUUCUGAUGGUGAAUGGGAUUUAGAUUUUUUGCAUACCUUGGUUCCAGUAGAGAUAGUUGAGAUUAUCAGGGCAAUACCUUUAUCCAGGAACCUACAGCUGACAGAUAGUAUCUUUUGGGCAGGUUCAAUGGAUGGCUCUUUUACUGUCAGAGCGAAUUCGAAUGUUCAUAUGGCUUUUGGUGAGAGGGAGGGUUCUCACUAACUCUCUACGUUUUGACCGUCAUAUGUCU